UAGGAAGAAAAUGUUUGGAGGAGUGUGAUAUUUUAAAGCAUGGGAAAAGUCAAGAAAACACCUGUAAAGGAUGAAAAGCAAAAGAAGAUUUCAAGUUUUUUUCAGCAAGGAAAUGCUAGUAGUAAACCAGCAACCAGUAAUCUAUUUACAACUCUUGGAAACAAACCCACAACAGCGUCUAAAUUAUCCCUCAAAAAGAACAAGUCCACAGAAUCUCUAAAAACCAAUCAAACUGAUGCCACAAGUUGGAAAAGUGUUAAGUCUAGCUCAGUUCAAAGCAAUGAAGGGCUUCCCCAAAAAACUAAAGGGGAGGGAGAUAUACCUCAUAAGGAGCCAACUGUAAUCCCGGAAACUCAGUUAUUCAAAAGCCCUGCUGUCUGUAGGGUGGGAGAUGGGAGGAAUGACUCGAUCAGUGACUGUGAAGAAAUCAUGAUUCCUGAUACACCGGAAGAUUCAAAGGUGGAGUCUAAGGGGAAGAAAGGCUUUGGGAGAAGUUUUUUGACAUCCACCACAGCAGUAGGAAAGAAACCUGGUCUGACAAAAGCAGAGAUAAUUCAGAAGAAACGGUUAUCAAGAGCUCGGAAGAGUUUGGUGUCAAUAUCUUUGUCUAGUCAUGUUAAAGAAAAUAUCAUUGAAAAGGAAACUGGUGAAAAUUUGGAGAAGGUUGAAGGAGAUGGAUGCCAUGAGAGACUGAAAGAUGUAACCAUUGAGGUGGACAACAGAGAUUCUGGAAUAGGUCUAAAAGAAAGCUUUGAUAACUCAAGAUUAUCGAUGGAAAAUGAAUCACAGGUUUUUGGCCAAACAAAGAUCGGAAAAAGCUCAGAAAGUAUGCAGGAUCAAGAUUUAGUAGAAAAAGAAAGUAUUAAAAGUGAUGCAGAGAAUAUAUGUGACUCCAGUUUGAUCACAAUAGAUGCAGAGACACCCACUAAAUUGUAUGAAACGUCCAUCAAGAGGAUGUCAAAGACUGGGGAAUCCCCUGAAUACAAAAGAGUCACUGCCGAGGAGGAUUUCAAAGACAGCAAUGAUGUCAUGGAUAAAACUAGAGUUAAGCGCAAUCUGUGCAAUGUAAAACCUAUUGAAAAACGGAAAAAAAUAAAACCAAAAGUAUCAGCUGUGAAUAAUUACCAAUUAACCAUGAGUGCACAAAGGAAAAGUGAAAAUGAAAGUGUGACAACAGCUGAUGACGAUGUUUUAGGAGAGUUACUGGGAGAGCUGGAUACCAAAACGAGUGCUGAACCUUUGAUGUUUGUUGAUGAAAAUACCCCCUUGACAACUCUGAAAUUGAAGAACAGAAAAUCCCUCUCAAAGAAGAAGAGCCCAGUGUUGAUAAAGAAUGCAGAAGUUUCAAAAGAGGAACAGGUCUUAUUCCAGACUUUAGAUAAGGAAGUCCAUGCAGAAUUUUAUACAGCUAGGGCAGACUCUACUUCUGUGCAAUGCUUGGAAACGUGUGCCCCAAAUUCAACCACACCUAGCACUGCAGUAUCUAUGAAGCUCAAAUCUUCCUGGACUUCCAUUCUAGGAGAACAAUUUCAAGACACGGACAAAGAAAGUAUGGAUAUUGAAUUGGUUGGAACACCAGAAGAUUCUGAGAAAUUUACAACUGCUACACAAAACAUUAAGGAGUUUGCUUCCCAGAUACCAAAAGCUCCUCCAAUGGUGGAUGACAUUGAAGAGUUCCAGACUCAGAUGGAUGACAGUCUUUGUGAAGGCUUAGAUGCAUUGUCACCAUUCAAAACAGAUGUGAAAAUGAACAAAUUAAUAGAUACUGAAACAGAACUCCCAAUGUGUACGAAAUAUGGAAGGCACACUGUUGUGAGGAAAGAGCAUAUCAAUCAUGAAAUAGUGCUGAAUGUAAAGGCAUAUGACACUGAACAAAUGAGGACAUGUGUACUCUGUGGAUUUUGGUCAGAUACACAUGUUGAGGAGGGAGACACAAUUCACAUCCUGGGAACGUUUGACAGUAAUGGAAGUUGUAGAAUCACAGACAAAGAAGGCUUUGUUAUAGUUAACCCAGAUCUCCUGUUGUCAGGGACAACUGUGGUGUCUAGUAUAUUCUGCAUGAGAAAAUCCAUCUUAAAUGACAAAUUCAAGGGCUGUGACAGAGGAAACAUCCAGAUGUUAUAUGGCAGCAUCAUCCACUCAGUAUUUCAAGAGGUUUUAAGAAAACAGCUGUAUGAAGAGAACCAAAUCACAACAGAGGCAGAAAACACAAUGAAACAGAGCAAAUUUAUCCACGAAAUGUAUGGCAAUGGUGUGACAGAUUUACAAGUAUUGGAAGAAAUUAAAAAAUAUAUCCCACCCUUACAGAGCUGGUUACUGAAACAUACUCGGUACACUCAGAGUAUGAUAGGAGCUCAAAGCAAAACGUCUGGUAAUAUUACUGUCAGCAGUGUUCGAGACAUUGAGGAAAACAUCUGGUCACCAAGGUUUGGAGUUAAAGGCAAAAUUGAUUUGACAGUGGAUGUUACGCUGAAUAAGAACCAUAGAGCUACUGUCCCUCUGGAACUAAAAACAGGAAGAGCCAGUUUCUCCAUGGAGCACAAAGGCCAAGUGACCUUAUACAGCAUGAUGAGUUCAGACAGACGUCAGGAUCCUAAACAAGGUCUCCUCCUGUAUCUAAAGGAGCCAGUGAUGAAAAUGAUAGAGGUGGAUCACAUCAACAAGAGGGGUAUCAUCAAUCUGAGGAAUGAGAUGGCCUACUAAAUCUGGUGCAUGACAGGUUCAGAAAGGUAGUGUUGAGGACAGUCAUUUAGUGACUUACAGCCUAGUGGAGAAAUUGGAAGUCUUGUGUACUUUAUUAUACCCCCGCAAACGAUUAACAACCCACGAGCCUGUACCAAAUGUCCUCAGCUUCUCAAUUGUGCUCUCUAUCAGAAAAAUGUCGAGAAUCGAGCUUUGUCAGAUAACCAUGCCAUGCAAAAGUUGGAUUAUCGAACAGAGAGGUUCAUGCUGUUCAGAAAGAGUUUACAUUUAGUGUCACUAAAUACAGUUGAAAUGAAAUGUCUCUAUUAUAGGGAGAAGAAAGGCGAUUGUCUGAGUCACCUGACAGUUUUACCUGAAAAAACAGAAAACAGCGAGGACAAGGAUGUGGUCUUCAUUCAUUUUCAUCGAAAAGCAGGACUAGGUAGUCCUCCCCUGAACAUGGUGGGAAUUUUGAAGCAUGAUUAUGUAAUUGUGACGGCAGAGAAAUCAGAAUUUGUAGCAGUGUGUGCUGGCAGUAUAAUAGACAUUACAGAGGAAGAAGUAGUCCUACUGACAGAAAGAGAAGGGUUACAGAGGCUGACGACCUUGAAAUCUCACCUUUUCCGUUUAGACAGAUAUGACAGUUAUAACACGUCAGCCAUAUUUUACUCUAAUUUGUCUCGACUUCUUUAUGAUGAGCCUGUCAGUUGCAGGUUACGAGAACUUUUUAUUGAAAAUAAGAAGCCAGAAUUCAUCUUAAAAAUGUCUAAAGGAGAAAUUGAAAAAGUUAAAGACAUUUUUAAACCCUUAAACAAGUUUUAUUUUUAUAAAAUAUUAAAGGUUUUGAUGUGCAAGGAUUAUGUUCUUAUUAAGGGGUACCCGGGAACAGGUAAGACUUCUACCAUUGUGGCUCUGGUCAAGGUCCUGACCCUCCUAGGACACUCUGUCUUACUGACCAGCUACACCCACUCAGCAGUGGACAACAUACUCAUCAAACUCCUCAAGGAGAAAGUCAACUUUUUACGCUUUGGGAGAAAAAAUAAAAUUCAUCCAACUGUACAGCCCUACGGAGCAGAGAAGUUGACAGAAAAAAUCUCUAAUGUGGCUGACCUGAGGGAAUUCUACAAUUCACAAAGAGUGGUUGCUACCACAGCUUUAGGGAUGAACCACCCGGUCUUCACCCAGAGGAGGUUUGACGUCUGUAUAAUGGAUGAGGCCUCUCAGAUCCUUCAGCCCGCCUCCCUUGCGCCCCUCUUCUUCGCUGAUAGGUUCGUCUUGGUGGGUGACCCCAAACAGCUGCCACCAGUUGUACAGAGCAAGGAAGCUAGAAAUCUGGGUAUGGAUGAGAGCCUUUUUGUUAGAUUACAAAAUGGAUCUGCUACUUUUGAAUUAAAUCUACAGUACAGAAUGAACAGAGACAUUAUGUAUUUGAGCAAUACACUUGUCUACAAUGGAUGUCUUAAGUGUGGAAAUGAUGCUGUUGCCUUCAACAGAUUGAAAUGGUUUAAAAGCAGCCUUGUGAAUGAAGUUGUUGAGGAGUACAGCUGGAUGAGAGAAGUUCUGUCAGAUGACCCUUAUAAGGCAGCAGUAUUUCUGGACACGGAUAAGGUGCCAGCACAAGAAGAAAGAGAUAGUUCAGGGUUAAUCAAGAAUGUCAUAGAGGCUCAGAUUGUUACCUGUCUGGUACAAUCCUUUGUUAAGAUUGGUGUAAAAGAAAGCAAUAUAGGGGUAAUUGCUCCUUAUAGAAAGCAGGUGACUUUGAUCCGUGACCAUUUAACCUGCAAACAGGAAGUUGAGGUCAACACAGUAGAUCAGUACCAAGGUCGAGACAAGGAUGUCAUCAUUAUAUCAUUGACCAGAAGCUUUUCUUCUCCAACAGAUGCAGAAACAAAGUCAGGUGAGCUGUUAAAAGAUAUCAGGAGGCUGAAUGUUGCUCUAACAAGAGCAAAGAAAAUGUUGAUACUGGUUGGGCAUGUCAACUCUUUGAAAAGUUAUCCUCCAUUGGAAUCAGUGAUCAAGCUUCUCCAGGAAAAAGACUGUAUCAUAUCUCUACCUCAGGAUGCCCACUUGUCUUUCAGGAAAUGAAUUUCAGAUAUGGUGCCAAAUUUCAUUCAUUUAUCAAUUUAAGAAAUUAAAUCAUUGUGAGUUUUGAACAAUUUUUGUCAAUUCAAUGUUCAUGUGAUGUAAGUAUGAAACUCAUGAA